UGUCACGUGACCGCGCUGUGGUCACUCCUCACACUCCGCAACUCCGGAUUCUCCCAAAGGUCAUCGUAGCUCCAGCACCCGGCUCCUGACUCUCUGUCACCGCUCACACACAGUUCUGUCCUAAGCUCGAGUAGCAGCAUGCGUGCCCUGCCCCUCCUGCUCCUCUUCCUCCUGGCUCUUCCAGUCUCCAGGGGGCGUUAUAACGAUGACUUUGAUGAUGGGGAGGACCUGGCGGACUUUGACGAUAACGACUUUGCGGAAUUUGAAGAACUGAGCGAAGAUACUGUGACGGAGCCCGAAGACUCCCCUCCCCCGAGAUACACCUCCCCUUCCACCGCUGACGAAGACGAAGAUGACGAGGCGACGGUGGAGCUGGAGGAAGGGCAGGACGGCUUCGACGACCCAGAGACACAGGACCAGGACCUGUACAGUAAAUAUGACCAGGAGGAGUUUGAGGGAAUCGGGGACAUGGAGAAGACCAGUCACUCCAUGAAGGACCCUCUCAUCAUCCACACGGUGCCGGCUCACCUGCAGAACAGCUGGGAGAGUUACUACAUGGAGAUCCUGAUGGUGACUGGACUUCUGGCCUACAUCAUGAACUACAUUAUCGGGAAGAACAAGAACAGCCGCCUGGCCCACGCCUGGUUCAACUCUCACCGCGAGCUGCUCGAGAGCAACUUUGCCCUUGUUGGAGACGAUGGCACGAGUAAAGAGGCCGUGAGCACCGGGACCCUGAACCAGGAGAACGAGCAUAUUUAUAAUCUGUGGUGCUCCGGGAGAGUCUGCUGUGAGGGCAUGCUCAUACAGCUAAAGUUCCUGAAGAGACAAGACCUGCUCAAUGUUCUGGCCAGAAUGAUGCGGCCCGCCUGUGACCAAGUGCAAAUCAAAGUGACACUGAACGAUGAAGACAUGGACACGUUUGUGUUUGCUGUGGGAACGAAGAAGGCGAUGGCGCGACUGCAGAAGGAGAUGCAGGACCUGAGUGAGUUCUGCGGAGACAAGCCCAAGUCCGGGGCCAAAUUCGGACUUCCCGAGUCUCUGGCCAUCCUCAGUGAGAUGGGAGAGGUGACGGACGGAGUGAUGGACAACAAGAUGGUGCAUUAUAUCACCAAUCACGCUGAUAAAAUCGAGUCCAUCCAUUUUUCGGACCAAUUUUCUGGUCCAAAACUUAUGCAAGAGGAGGGUCAGCCGCUGAAGCUGCCGGAGACCAAGAAGACACUGCUGUUUACAUUUAACGUGCCUGGGAUGGGCCACCCUUCCCCCAGAGACAUGGAUGCUCUGUUGCCUCUGAUGAACAUGGUGAUCUACAGCAUCGACAAAGUAAAGAAGCUGCGCCUCAACAGAGAGGGGAAACAGAAGGCGGAUCGUAACCGCGCUCGUGUGGAGGAAAACUUCCUGAAACAGACUCACGCUCAGAGACAGGAAGCAGCGCAGAGCCGCCGAGAGGAGAAGAAGAGAGCGGAGAAGGAGAGGAUCAUGAACGAGGAGGACCCGGAGAGACAGCGCCGCCUGGAGGAGGCAGCGCAGCGUCGUGAGCAGAAGAAGAUGGAGAAGAAGCAGAUGAAGAUGAAGCAGAUCAAAGUCAAAGCCAUGUGACCACUGACCUCAGACAGGAAACAGGAAGUGCUCUGCUCAGACCGCCGCUGCCCCCUGCUGCACUCCGCGCACCGCCACGUUCAUGACGUUCUGUACACUGCAAAAACACAGCUAUCUACACAAAACUGCUUGGAAUUCAGAAUAUUCAUCCAGUUUUGGGUCAAAUGAAUUAGUUUGGAUGCAUUUACUUAUAAAACCUAGAUUAUAAAAGUCCUGGUUUGAACCUCGUUUAGUCCUGAUGUACAGUUGGUUUUGUCCUGUUUUAGUCCAGAUUUAGUCCUGGUCUAGUCUGGGUUUAGUCACAGUUCAGUCCAAAUUCAAACACUAAUCAAUUCUAAAACUAGUAACGACAGUAGGUACUUUUUUCACAGGGAUUGAUAUUUAAAAAGUCCUGUUAACAGGACAAAAAUUUACCUUUCCUGAAUAGCUUUAGAAUGAUAUUGAGCUGUAUCAGGACAAGUAUAAGACACAUAGACUAGUAUACACCAUGGACCACUGAGGGAUUACACAGAUAUAAGGCCACAUGGUAGAACGUACUACCAUUUAAUGUUGAAAAUCACAUUCUAUUGUCUAAAGAAAGAGUGUUUUUAUUAUCGUGGUAUCGGAAUUGGUAAUGAGUAUCAAGUCUACUGCUUAGUAUCGAAAUCGAGUUAAAAACUUUAAAUGUAUUUCCUUGUAUACUUAUGCUUAUACUGAAUUUUUCUUUUUUUUUUUGUCUGGAAACAAGAAAACAGAAGAAAUACUCAAAACGAUACAUAUUCUGAAUCCACAUCAUUAAAGGUCCAAUAUUACACAAACUUGACCCCUGUGAGCUUUACGCCAAGUUAUAAUGCUGUUACCUCCUCAAAAACAGACCUGGAGUUGUGUUUUGUUUCAUUCACACAUGUUUGAGUAACUCUUUAUUAUUAGUCUGUCUACAUCUACAAAGCUCAAAAUGCUCUGUUCCACCUUGUGAUGUCAUGAACUGAUAGCUUUUAAGUUAGCAGCUCCUUUCACCUUUUGUGUUGUAGAAAUUGGCUCUUCCAGACCUGAAAUUAUCCAAAUGAUUCUAGUGAAGUUUAAAAGUGGAGUUUAAAAACACAGCGUAGUGCUUCCUGUAUUAACAAAUGACAUCACAUAGUGGAACAGUGUGUUUUCAGAUUGAGAGAAGAACUCAUCCUAAAUAUGUAGGGUUUGUGCGCUAAACAUGUGUGAAUGAAAUGAAGCACUGAUGAGGAAACAUUAGAAUGUAGAUCAAAAAAAGGUAUAAUAUGGACCCUUUAAAUUUGUGUAGCUGUUAUAUUUUACAGUGCAGAGUCUGGUUCGGUCCUGGUUUCAUCCUUUUGCUUUGUGGGCUUUUUAAACUCACUGUAAAUUGUGUUGUUUUUUAAAGAUGCAAAAUCUAUUUACAUUAAUGAACAAAAUGAUCAUUUUUAUUUAUCUUGCCUGACGAUUUCACGCAGCUGUUUCUGAGCAAAUGAAAUAAAAUGCACUGGAAUCUGU